UGCGCGGCCGCCAUUUUGUUAUGUCUCUGGUCUUUGUUGUGUGUGAGUGAUGUCGUGAAAUAUUUGUGAUUUAUCGCGGAUACACGCCGUCUGGCAGUGCUAUACAUUGACUACAAGAAAUUAGAUACCACAGCGAUUGUAUAGGAAGCGUGAGAAUGCGCUCAAGUGAAUAUUAAGGUGAAUAAAUAGAACAAGAAGUGCAGCUGGCUGGGUCGCCCCUGUGUGGACGUGUCAAUGAUGUGAGAGUGAGCCGCUAUGGGCCCUAAGGACAGGGACCGUGGUGGUGGUGGUGGUGGAGGAGGGGGCGGCGGCGGAGGCAGCAGUAGUGGAAGUGGAGGAGGAGGAGGAGGAGGCAGCGGGUCUGGGUCUUCGUGUUUGCCGUCCUCCGAGGAGUGGCUACACCGCCUCCUGGCAGCUAUUUCCAAGAUCAAGUCCCAGAAGCAGCGGCCCAACUUGGAGCGCAUCACCCAGACCAUGAGGCAGCUGUACACUGUGCCCCCAGACCUUGUGGUGGCCAACCUUCAGGCACAGGUGGAGAGUGGCGCCAUCCUCUACAUCGAGAACAAAGGAUUAGAGUCGUACGCCGACCCCAAGAACCCGCCUCUACGGACUGGGGGGCGGCUCAGCGUGCGGACGCCCACGGCCAGCUCGCGGGCGGCGGACCUGGUGGGGAAGGUGGUGCGGGCGGUGCGGGAGCUGGGGCCGGAGGGAUCCUCGCUGAAGGACAUCACCGCCCACCUGCACAGCCAGGGCGCCCUCCCCACCGAUGACCCGCAGAUCGGCAACCUGGUGCGGCACGCCACCAAGCGGGCCCUGCAGCGGGGCUUCCUGGCGCAGUCCGGCAAGAACUUCACGCUGGGCACCGCCGCCAGGCACCGCAAGUCCACCGGCAGGCCCUCCGUCUCCAAGAAGCUGCUCGGAGGCGGCCCUGACGACGACGACGAUGACCUGGGCGUCCACCUUCAUAGUCCCUCGCUGGACGGCUCCAACCCACAUCUCCAGAACACCACUAUGCCUAUCUGCUGUGAGUGCUUGGGGACGGAGAAGAGCGUUAAUGGUGGCUUCAUCCACUGCACCUUCUGUGGUACUUCAGUGCACCCUAAGUGUCUACGGCUGGACCCCUCUGCCUCUGUCAGACUACAGAAGCAGGGGUGGCAGUGUGAAGCGUGUAAACCCUGCAUCGUGUGCCGAAAGACCGGCUCAGAGGUUCUGGGCAGCCUUAUCCUGUGCAGCUUCUGUGAUGAUGGCUACCACGUGAGCUGCACCUCUCCACCCUUGGAGCAGCGGCCCAUGUCCCCUAAUUGGUGCUGCUCCCAUUGUACCAAAGGGCCACGAGCUGCCACCGUCACCACCUCAUCCACAUCUACAAACAAUAACAACAACAACAACAACAACCGUAGUAACACAUCCUCGCCAAGUAGUAGUGUGGCAGGGGAGGGCACCACCCCCACCUCGAACACCUCCGCCUCCAGUAGGAAAGGUCGGGGGAGGUCAAGGAAAAGCUUGCAGGAGGUGAAUGCAAGAAGUAGGAAGUACAGCACUUCAUCUUCUAGUUCAUGUUCAAGAUCUGCUUCACGAUGGCGCAAGAAGAGUGAGAGUGACCACCAUAAGGACCCGGCCAGCGACUCUGAUGACAGUGAGGGUAUGCAUGGCCAGAUUGGUCCUCCCAAGAAACUUCUUAGUGACAAGUUAUCCAAAGAGAAGGCUAAGUUUUUCAAAAGAAGUUUUGGGGAAAAGGGCAAAGUUAGAGCAGUGAUAAAGAGUGACUUGCAGGUGGAGUCUCACAGUACCGCGGGUGCAGGUGUGUCUAGGCCGGCAAGCACGGGCAGCCGGGGUAGACAGGCAGAGCCAGCAGCCGAGUUUAGCUCGAGCGGGCCAGACUCUACCUCAGACACGAGUAGUAGUGAUGAGUCGGGCACUGGCCUGCCUGAGGGUGCCAGGGUUUGUCCUGGCAGUGAGUCCAGCCCUUUGCUGUCCUGCGGCCCGGCAGGCAGCAGCGGUAGUGCUGUUGGGGCUGUUUUGCCAGCCAGGAAAUCUGAGUCUUUUAGUGAGGGCGAAGUAGAUUCAGGGAGUGGUACUCCCCAAGAGGAACGCAGCUCCUCCUCCACCAACUCUUCCAGUGCCAUGCUGUCCUCAGGCCCUCUCCGCAGCCUCUUUGAUGGCCUCAGUCACUUGUACACGCCAUAUGAUUCUCGCAAGAGGCCACUGCCGGCACAACCAAAGUAUAAAGGACCAAAGAAAGUAGUGCAACCUUCAAGAGAAGGGGAGAGUGCAACACCAGUGGAGGUCAGGGUGGGGGGCAAGGUGAUGGUGGAGGAAGUAGGGGAGGGGCCCCAGCAGGGCACAGAUUGUGGUGGGCCGAGCACUGUGGGUGUAGAGAGUGGUGGUACAUGGUCGACUUGGGCAGCCCAGAGGUGGCCAGCCUCGAGUGUGGGGGCCAUCCCGGGCGGUGCCAGCGGGGCCCCAUCAACACGGCCCGUGGGAGCCCCCCUGGUGACCAGCCCGGGUGGGGGCUGCCUUGGUCAGGCCCAGGCAGCCGACGGACGCAAAUGGUGCAAGAUGAGAGCGGAAGGCUGCUGCAGCCACACUGGGGGUCAGGGGUUGGUCUAUCCACCAGUAGUGGAGCGCAAGCCUGGCAGCAUAGAGAAGAUGCCUCGUCCUGUCCUGCCCCCGGGCGUCACAGAGAGGGACCUGGAGAUGUUCAAGAAGGCCCAGGAGAAGGCAUCACAGGAGAUGGACAAGAACCGGACCACAGUGCAGGAGCGAGACCCAUUCAACAUGUCUCGGUGCCCUGCCAGCAUAGACUUUGGCCAGUAUGACGUCCAGACAUGGUACUCAGCCCCCUACCCACAGGAAUAUGCCCGGUUAACUAAGCUGUUCUUGUGUGAGUUCUGCCUCAAAUACAUGAAGAGUGUCUCCAUGUUGGGCCGCCACCUCAAGAAGUGUGUGUGGCGCACUCCACCAGGGACGGAGAUCUACCGCAAGGAUGGUUUGUCUGUCUUUGAGGUUGAUGGGAAUGUGAGCAAAAUAUAUUGUCAAAACCUGUGCCUGUUAGCUAAGCUGUUUCUGGACCACAAGACUCUUUACUACGAUGUGGAACCUUUCCUCUUCUAUGUCCUGACCCGCAAUGAUGAGAAAGGCUGUCACCUGGUGGGGUACUUCAGUAAGGAAAAACUCUCAGCCCUAAAGUACAAUGUGUCAUGCAUCAUGACUAUGCCGCAGUACCAGCGUCAGGGAUACGGCCGCUUCCUCAUCGACUUCAGUUACCUUCUCUCCAAGUGUGAGGGUCAGCCAGGGACCCCUGAGAAGCCCCUCUCAGACUUGGGCCGUGUCUCCUACACUGCUUACUGGAAGUCCGUCAUUCUGGAGUACCUCCACCAUAUCAAGAACAAGUCCUCCUUCAGCAUCCAGGAGGUGGUGAAGGAUAAAGCCAUGUAUCCAGCAGAUGUUGCCUACACCCUCAACAUCUUGGGUUUUUUCAAGAGGGACUCCAACAACCAGAUGGUUGUCAGUAUAGACUGGAAGGCAGUGGAGGAACACUACCAGAAACAACUGAACAACCCCCGGCGGCUGAGACUGGACCCUGAGGCCCUGCGCUGGUCCCCAUUGCUACCAGGACACAACAUUUCCUCACAGCAGGACUCUGAUGAGGAUGAAGAAGAGAAAAUUGAAGAAGACAUGGUAAAGGUUGAGGAGUGCAAGAAUGUAGCGGAGAGCAACAGGAUGGAGGUAAAGGUGGAGCAUGCUGAGCCAUGUGAGGCCACAACUCAGUCUGCCACUGGAAGGGAGGAGCUGAUGGGGCAGGAUGAGACUGGGGCCACACCAACACACACAAACCAUGUCAAGACUCGCCCCCCAAGGCCCAACAAGGCUGCCACUCUCACCCCUGUGUCAGCUGUUGAAGCCAAAGAGCGAGAAAAGGAGAACAUCAACAGCAACAGUGAAUCCAAACAGAAGAAUAACCGUUCUAUCCAUGCAAAAGGAGAGGAGAAGAUUCUGUCCAUGGCAGCAAAGGAGGAUGCUUAUGUCUUCAAGGAGGAGGAGGAGGAGGACUUUGAGCCCAGCUUUCGCAGUCUCAAGAAAGGCAGGCGGAAGACGCAUGCCCUGAAGGAAACGCAGUGUUCCCAGGAGAAGCGUAGAGUGAAGCAUGGAGUCCACAGUAAUGAGGAGGAGAGGAGGUUGGGCUCAGAGGAGAGGAGGAAGGUGUCAGACAAACAAGCAACAGAGGAAAAGUCACCUGGAGAUAAGAACGAGAAGGGUGAAGCUCCAAAAACAGGUGCUGAGGACCAAGUGAAGGUCUCAGAGCAUGGAGGAUCUUCAGAUUCAAAAGUAGAGGUGGAGAAGAGUGAGAGGAUAGAAGAGAAAUCUGCAGAAAGUAAAAAGACAGUUGCAGCAAAAGAAGAUCCUUCACCACCACAAAACAAGAAAGUUGAAGGGGAGGAUUCACAAGCAACAGCUAAAGAGUGUGUGAGGGACCAAGUCAGCACCAGGAGAGCUACCACCACCACCACCACCCCCUCUUCUAACACUAUCCCAGCCUCUGCUGCCACAACCACACCAAGCCCGGCAACAGGACCCAGACACACCCGUCGGGUGGCGUCAUCUUCCCACGUCUCUUAUGGUGAUUAUGACAAUGAGGACUCACAGGACGUGCCAGAGGAGGGAGACCCACCUCCCAGAAGCCGGCGUGAGUCCUUGGCCACACGGAGCCGCAAGAAGUACCUGAACGAGCAGCGGGAGGAGGAUGGGAGGAGAGAUGGCUCGCUGCGGACUAGGAGGAAGGUGGAGCAGGAGGAGAAUGACAAAGAGAACCAACGGGAACAUGUGUCCAGGCGGAGGAAGAGGCCAGAUGUGGAGGAGGGGGAAGAGGAGACUAGGAGGGAGGCUGCUGUUAAGAAUAGGAGAGUUGAUGUUGAGGGUGAUGAGGGGCGGAGGGAGGGCUCAGCCAGGCUACGCAAGAGGAUAGAAGCUGAAGAGUGUGAGCGGGAGAGUCGGAGGGAGAGCUCUCUGCGGAGGAGGAGAAAGCCAGAGGUGGAGGAGAGUGAAGAAGAGAGCAGCAAAGAGCCCUCAGUCAGGCGGAGCAGGAGGAAAGCUGAAGUGGAGGAGUGUGAGGAUGAUCCCACCAGGGAGACUCUAGCUCAAGGCACUGGGAACCCAGAACCAGAGGAGAGUGAAGAGGAGCCAACAGCACCCAGCAAAGACUCCAUGAGUAUGAAACUGAAGACCAAAGGUGAGGAAGAAGUGCUGCCUCCAACGCCCAGCAAGGAUUCCAAACUCAAGGCCAAGGCUGAGGAAGAGGUGUCAGCUCCCAGCAAAGACUCCAGACCCAAAGCCAAAGUUGAGGAGGAGUCAUUAUCUCCUAGCAAAGAGUCUACCACUAGUAAACUCAAGGUGAAGGGUGAGCUUGUGGAGGAGCAGCACCCAGUAGCGGGUCUUAGGGAGUCCUCACGGAUAAGGCGGAGGCUGGAACCGGAAGAGAAGAAGGACUCCCAAGAAUCCCAUAGAGAAGUUCCAGAACGACCGCACAGACUCAGAAACAAAACCCAACCAUAUUCUGCCAGGGGCACAGCCACAGGCAGUAACAGCAGAAGGAGAAAACAUUCAGAGAUUGAGGAUGAAGAAGAGGUGGUGGUUGAGGUGACCAGCAGCAGAGGACGCACCAUCAGGGUGAAGCAUCACCCUGAUGCUGAUGAUUACAACAGUCACAAAAACAAGCGCCCCAGGAGGAGUGAGGAGGUGGAGCACAGUGCUUCUAGGAAUGAAGAGGUAGAGAGGAGCACCAAAAGGAAAGACGAGGUAGACCGGGCCACCAGGAAGGAGGUUGAUGAAACACUGCGUACCAGGAAAUCAAAACGCAUUGAGGAGCAGCCAGAACCCCUCAACCUAAGGCCCAAGAAACCUAGGCAGAGCCGGAACCUUGAAGGAGCUGCAGCAGGGUUGAGAAACAACCUGCCCCACACACCUGCAGUGAGUCUGGAGGAAGGAGAAGAAAGAGUGGAGGGGGUGCCAGAGAAAGAGGAAGGUGCGGAAACAGUGGAGCUGGAGAUGCCUCACCUGGAACCCAUGGUAGAGCUGGAGAAGCCCACUGAGCAGCCACAGACUGAAAAGAAAAGUGACGACAAGUGCAAGUCUGACAGGCUUCAAGAGACCAGAUGUGACCAACUUACUGUGUCAGAUGUGGAUGACAAGACUAAUGACAGUGACCAGUUGUCUCUGGUCAGAAAACGAGGCUGGCCGAAGGGUGUUCCUCGUGGCCCUAAGAGCACGGUGAGGGGUCGAGGACGCUCUGCUAAUCGAGGCCGAGCCAAGCCAAAGCCUAAGGACGACCAGAAGCCUGAUGGAGUGGAUGGGAGUGAGGCACAGGAGACCUUCUCUGAGGACACCGAGAUGAUGACGCCUGCUAGUGAUGACUUGUUGGAGGAAGGAGAUACUCGCCAUGAGGUGGGAGAGGAGGAAGACGAUGAUGAGGAUGAAGAGGAAGAGGAAGAGACUAACCCUAAGGCACCAAGCAUGCUUCAAAGCACACCUGUUCAUGCAGUAAAGGAAAAGGAAUCUGACUCCGAGAAACCCUCUAAACCAGAAGCCACUGAGAAGCAGCUCAUGAUGACAGAGAAUCAAUCAGAUAAAGUUGAGAGUCCAGUGGAUCUUGAGAAGACUAAAGAGAAGCAAGAACCAUGUAAAAGGGAGGGUGAAAAUUCCCCUUGGGAGGGUGACCACUUGAAGAACCAUGAUAUGAGAAAAGUGGAGCAAGAAAAGAGAGAAGAGGAGACAGAGGAUGAAGAAGAGGGUGAAGAUGACUUGGCAAGAAAGGACUCAUUAGCAAAGAUAACAGGUGAGGUGGGGGAGACAUUGCUAAAUGCAGUGAAAGAAGUAAAAAUGGCAAAGGGAAAGAGUGAUGCUUCUGAAAAAGGUGAGAAAUUAGCAACAGGAACAACACAAGAGUCACUGAAGAAGCAGGACAAAGUAUUGACUGAGACAACAAAGCAGCAACUAAGUAAAGACACUGAGGACAAAGGCAGGUCAGGAGAGGGGCACCAGGAGCUGAGUGAGGCCGACAAGGCUGUGGCCAGCAUCAUGAAUGGCACCUGUGAGAGUAUCCCAAAUGGGGAGUGCCUGGACCAUGACAGCUACAGCAGCCCACCUCCAGCAGAAGAGAUUCAUGAGGUGGUUGAGUGCAAGGUACCUGAUGGCCGAGUGGAUGAAGCAUACCAGGAGGAGGUAACCAAGGCAGUGGAGAGCAUAUGGGGAGGAACAGAAGAGAGAGAGACUGCCCUCGUAGAGGAUUCCAGGCCGCCAGAGAUAAUAGAGGAGCCAAAGAUCCUUGGUGGCAUCCUCACACCUCUCCCCACGACCCAGCUUCCUCCUCAGACCCCUUCUGUGGUCACACCAAGCCCUUCCUUACAACCUGAGGAAGAGGCAAUUCCUAACAGUCCUGCAAACUCUUUGGACCACUCCAGAUCCCCAGCAUCCUCAGUCCCUCCUUCUCCAAUCCCUAGCUCCCCACCCCCAGCUCCUGCCCCACCUUCACCUGCACCCUCUAUUGAACCCUCUCCACUCCCCUCAGACUCUCCACUGGAGCCUCCUUGUGCCCCAGCCCCCAUCACCCCAACAUCUCCACAGUCUGUUGAAUCUCCAGCUUCUCCCUCUUCAAUAGGAUCUCCCUCCUCACUCCGCUCUUCCUCACCUUUGUCCGAGAUUCCUGUGGACCACCAUAUACAGCAGCCUUCCUCUCCUAUUAGUUUACCCUCUCAGCCUGUUGGUCUGGAGGAUGAUCAGUCUUCAUGUCACCUACCAGGUGUUGGUGAGCCUGUACCUGUCGCUGAGACUCCCGUGCUGUCCUCUGUAUCUAGUCACCACAACCAAGAUGGGCAGGACAGCAAAGAUCGGCAUUGUGAAUCUGUGAUAGAAAACCUGGAUCACUCACAAGAACAAAAGAAUGAGCAGGCAUUGGCUAAGGAGUGUUCCCAGGAUGAAGAAGUGGAGGAGGAGGAGGAGGAGGAGGAGGAGGAAACCAGUGUCAGGGAGCCACAGGAGCAACCCUCCAUUCCAGGAGUGUCUGAAGCCCUGAGUGUUGCUAGCCACCAGGAGGAGAGCCUGGCAUCCCAGAUGGACCAGGCUUAUGAAUCCACAGACACUCCCAAAGUUGACAGUCACCCAGGUAGUCAAGAUAACCCACACAUGCAUGACCUGGCCUUAGAGGUUGGAGAUGGGCCCAAGGCUGUGAACUCUUCUGCUGGGAACACUCCUCCCUCCUCCUGUGGGUCCACCAACACAACAUCUGUGAUCACUCGUCAGGCCCCCACCCCCACCCCUCCCCACCAGCAAGAGACUGGAAGCAUGGGGGUCUACACUCCAGACUCCACCACAAACUCUGUUCACUCCAUGCACGGGUACUCCCAAGGAGAGUUUGAUGUGUCGCAGUUGGGCAUUGAAUCUCCGACUUCCAUAUCUAGUAAUGAAAUGGCUCACUCCGUAGAGGCUCCUCAGCAAGCAUCUACACCCCAGAGCUACAGUGACUGUGCCCAGCUACCUGGCCAGCAGGUACAGCCACCAACCCCCACCCAUGUACAGCCCACCACUCCGACUCAUGUCCAGCCCACCACACCCACCCACACACAGCCCACCACCCCAACUCCUCCACACAUAGCAAGAACCACCCCCACCCCAACCCCUAUACUGCCUCAGCCGAUACCUCAGCCACAGCCUCAGCCUCCACCACAGCAGCAGCCACAGCCUCAGCCACAGCCUCAGCCACAACCACAGCCUCAGCCACCAUCAAUAAUAACACAAGCCGCUACACAGACCGUUCAAACGAUAGGAGUCGUAGCCCUGCCCCAAACCCACCCCCAUCAGCCCCCCACCAAGCACCAGCCCUCAAAGCAGAGGCACAUCCAGCCUAAACCACCCACCCAGCCACAGCCACAGCCAGUCUCUGCAGGCUCUCGCCCACCCUCAAACCUUAGCACCCAGCUCUCCCCACAGCCAGUGGCUGCUAUGCAUGUGCCAAGUCAGGCCCAUGUGAUGACCCAGCGCAUGGUGAGUCCUCAUCCUCCCUCAGGGUUGGGCCAUAACCACCCCAUGUCCUACCAUACACAUGGGGCACACACGCCCCAUCCACCUCGCACUCCCCAUGUUCCACACUCCCACACACAAAUGCAAAAUUUUGGCCAUCAUCCGAACUACAUGAUGGGACCACACCAGCAGAUGCUGGGACACCAUGGGUCCAUGAUCAGCCAGGGCUACCUCCCGCAGCCUUCCGUCACCACCUACGCACAACCUCACACACCCUCCCAUUCAAGCUCUUACAUGACAUCAGUCAUACAGUCCCGGAUGGGGGGUGCAGGUGCCCCCCAGCAGACGGCAGGACCCAACUCCUCUGCCUCCUCCCAACGUGCUGGUCAGGCCUCAUCUGGUUCCUCCCAGCGGGGUCCUGCCCACCCCUCUGCCAGCCCAGCAGUGUGUGGACCCUCAGCGACAAACUACCACUUCAUCAACUCCAGCCCACCAGGCCCGUCCCCCACCCCAACCCCCAUGGGGGCAGAACAGCACCACGGGGGUGUUGUGCAGGGUAGUGCAUCCUCGUGCAGCAUUGCACGGCUCCAACAGCUAACUAAUGGCAUCAUGGACAUUGUUCCUCCACCCCCCUGUGCAGGUGUCACCCCUCCCCCCUCACACACAGUCACCCCGCCUCCUUCCCACACGGUGACUCCGCCGCCCAGUGCCACAGCAGCAGCUGCUGCCCAGCGCAACAUGACACCUCCUAUUUCAAACCUACAGUCACAGGUGCAGCUGUCCUAUACUAAAUACAAGCCACACCAAGCAGCAGCAGCAGCACAGAUGUCCCCCAACAUGAUGGCCCCCACUAUGCUGGGCUACCAAGUCAAUGGCUACCGCAUGCCUGGCCAGCCCCCCACCAUGUCUGCCCUUAACGCACCGUACCUGACCAACCCUUCGUUCAUGAACCAACAACUACCGGUGCAGAUGAUGAACAUGCACGCCCAGGCGCCGGGGCAGUACCAGGACCCCCGCACCCAGCCCCAGAACACCAUGUAUUCCCCGUACUAUUCCAUGACGCCACUACAGCUCAAUGGCACCAUGCGGCGAUAGUCCCCAAGUUGUCAUCUCAGUAUUUUUAUUAUGGUGCUUCAGUAAGAGUAGCAGCUGUCAGCACAAAGCUGAAUUAGUGUUGAGUGUGCUGGAAUCCAAUGAAAAAUUAUCAGUGACAUAUGCAAGACUAGGCAAUAUUUUGACUACUGUAGCUAAGUAAGAUGUUGCAAGGUGUUACACAGUGAACCAACACAAACUCUAGGUGUUACUGGACAUCUGCACAUCUUUACUGCUUAAAUUACACACAAAAAAGAUUUUUUAGUGAGAACUUAAACAUAUUUUUGGGGCCUGUUGUGAGAGCUAUAUUUUAGAUACUUAUUUAUGGUGUUUAUACCAUUUCAAAGAAGUGAUGAUAUAGACAAUUUACAUUCACUUGUCAGAUUUAAUGAUCAAGUUGGUAACAUAGACUCCCGAGCUGUGUGGAGGAACACUCGCUGAGCCUCGCUCCUCAAAGUUGGAGUGUGGCAUUGAGUUCAGUUUCAUGGACUCGUCAGGGCAGAGCCUGAUUUCAUCCAAGUACAAAGUGAUCUUAAAUGGACUAUUGGACAGAAAAGUGUGCUUAAUUGUUACAGAGCAGUGUUAUCUAAGUUUAUUUUAGUGAUGAAGUCUUAGUCUUUUACGUUGUGAUACUGAGCUUGGUGUGAAGCCAAAGUCAGCAUAGUGUGUUAGUGAGGUGGGAGGGGAGAGAGGCUCCUCUGGGCUAGUUUUGUAUCCAUCUGUAGAGGCUUUUUUCUUUAUUUAUUGUAGCCAAAUGCCAGGUAGCGUUGUUGGUCACCAAGACUGGCAAGGACGCUACCGGUUUUGUGUACUUUAAAUCUUUGUUUCCACUGUAUAUUUUGCAUUAUUCCUUGUCUUUCAAGAAGUGUUUUGUACAUUUUUCCCUUUUCCCUGGUAUGAGAGCUUUAGUUACAAGGAUUAUCACUAAGUUAAUCUUGAGAGCAUAAGUCAACUGAGGGUCUGUGUUUACUCCAAGACAGAGCAUUUAUUGAUCUGACUUUUAUAUCUAUAUAAAAGAAAAAAUCUUGUCAUAUUUAAUUAUGCAAUAUGCAGUCAGUGGAGCCUCAAGAGUUUUAUUUUUUUCAGUAAAAGUAGAAAUUAGUUAAGUUUUGUACACUGACUAGACACUGUUAGUGAGCCCUGAGAGGUGCAGUGCUGCCCAUGGGUGCUGCACUGCAGAGUAGUGUGCUGUGUGCUGUACUGAGGUAGAGGGGCUUUCAUAUCCUAUUAAGUGAUACAAACAACUCGCAUUGAACUUGGUGAGGAAAGGUUGCCGUGUGGGGGGCUGAUACAGCGUCCAGUAGGGGUCACCGGGCAGGUGUGGGCAGCAUUUUAUGUUCAUGAUCACCCAGAGGAUCUUGUAACUUAGCUGUACAUUAUGCUUUUUAAAAUGUUAAAUAAAAUACUUUAUUUAAAUGUAA